UGUCAUAAUAGUUGCCACUUGCCACAAAAAUGGCUCAUGAAAGUUGACGUGAUACUGUGAUACUGUAUUGUUUUCAAUGUGCCUGUUUUACUGAAUCGGGGAUUUAUUGCUUUAUCUGAUAACUAUUUCAAGACUAGGUCUUGGAGGCAAUCAGGAAGAUACUGGUGUGAGUUCCUAAGAAAAGAUAGCGCCUUAUAAAUGAUGGCUAAACGAUCAUGGAAAACAAGGAUAUUAAAACUGCGAGUGAUUAAUUGCAUAUUUGUUGUAUUGGCUGUGAAGGCAGUAAUUAAGUUUUUUUCAACAUAUGGUUACUACAAUUAUCCACAUCUCCCUGCGGAGGUAAUAGAAACACAGCUCUAUAAGCAAAUAUCACCAAUUUUCAUUACACCGAAAUCUAAACCAGAUUGUAAAUAUGAUGGAAUACUCAAGAAAGAGUUAUCUAUAUUAAAUUGGGAGGUACCAAAAACAUUUGAUGAUUUCUCAGCAGCAGGCUUGGUAAAUGGCAGUUACAUUCCGGAUCACUGCACUCCAAUCUUUAGUGUUGCUAUAAUAGUAGCCUAUAGGAACAGACAGAGACAACUAGAUAUAUUCCUGCCUUAUAUGCAUAAUUUUCUGAGAAAACAAAAUAUACACUACAGGAUAUACUUAGUGGAGCAACAAGAUGAGAAAAUAUUUAACAAAGGUAUCCUGUACAAUGUUGGAGCAAAAGUGGCAAUUAGGGACAAGUUCCCCUGCCUGAUCCUACACGACGUGGACUUGCUGCCGCUGGACGAGAGCAACCUGUACGUGUGCGCCAACGAGCCGCGCCACAUGAGCGCCAGUAUCGACAAGUUCAGAUUCGUGCUGCCCUACGACUACCUGGUGGGCGGCGUGCUGGCGCUCAAGUCUGAACACUAUAUACAAGUCAACGGGCUAUCUAAUAGGUUCGAGGGUUGGGGAGGCGAAGAUGAUGACUUUUCAUGGAGACUCUCUUCACAAAAAAUUAAUGUUAUCAGAUAUCCGCGUGAAAUGUCCCGAUAUACCAUGUUGAGGCAUCCACAGGAGCGCAAGAACACUCGCCGCAGAACCGUCAUGAAGGAAAACCAGCGGGACCCAGCCACCAUCGUCAAGGACGGGCUCACCUCGACGCGCUACACCAGCAUGCACGUCAACAACCACCGACUGUUCACGCACGUCGGGGUCGUGGUGUGACCGUGUGACUGCACGCGUCACUACUGCCACGCAGUGUGGGGGCGGGCUCUAGCGGUCACAAGCCACGUUGCUAUUGUCCAUUCCUAGCUAUUGAAUAUUGUGAUCUACAUCUUUUAUACCAAAUUGUAGGUAGGUAGUUUCAAGUUAACUUAAAAUUUUUAAUAAUAAUGUAUUUAUUUGCCUUAAAAUAUAGUUAGAUUUUACAAGAAUAAGGUUACAGUACAGCAUGUUUUGCUAAUACAUAUUUCUAUAGCAUGCAAAAAAAAAAUGUACAAAAAUGUAUAGCCUAAGCGUGAAUUUCAUUUUCUCUGCAUGAAAUCGGAGAGUAAUCAUUUUGUUUACAAAGCCAGUUGUGCCAUGGAAUAGAAAAGACUAGGGAAAUGUCAUCCAACACAAUUACUACGGGAACCUCUGUCGCCAAACUUACACAAAUGAAUCGUGAAUCAUAUCAUACAUUACACUACAAAUAAAUAAAUAUUUUCAUUUGUCGUUUAAAUUUUACAUACCUUACAUCCGGACAUAUAAACCUUACUGCCACACUCAGAGACAUUUAAUGAUUACUUAAACUAUUCCUUAGUAACGAUUUUGUAUCGAAAACAAUGGCUAAGGACAGGGUUAAGUAACCAUUAAAUGAGUCUGAGUACGGCGGUUAGACCAUUUAUAUAGUAAACAGUAUAAAGUAUAAUUACGACGUUACGUCUUACGCCAAAGUAAUUGACAAGUAAAAAUAAUAAUUAACAAACUUUAUAUACACACAGUAAUUAGGUAAUAUAACGUUCUAUCUAUAAUUUAUACAUAUGUAUAGUUUAAUAAUAUACAUAACACACAGUAACUAUAGAUAAUAAUAUGCCUACAUACAAACAAACGAACUCAAAAUCAACAAAAAAAUAUGUUUUUCUUUAACAGGUAUAAAAUGUGAUGAAUUAUGAAAACAGUACCUAUGAUAAAGGAGAACGAACAAGUUCCAUACGAAAAAACAGAGAACAAAAUAAUAUUUUCUUCUCUUUACUUCUAAUUUUCGUUAUUUUACCUAACUACUGGAAAAAUGAUUUCGUAAAAUGUUUGUAUCAUCAACAUUAAACGUUUUAAUCAAUUG